AUGCAUAUCUUAUGUACGAUAUGUAGUGAUUUGGUGAAUCAGGCUGAAAAUAUUCAUGUAACCAAAUGUGGACAUGUAUUCCAUUACCAAUGUUUAUCACAGUGGAUAUCCAGAUCUAAGUCAUGUCCACAAUGCCGUAAUAAAGUAACUGAUAAAUGCACAUACCGUCUUUACCUGACUAUAUCGAAUGAAUCAACUGGUGAUGAUGCAGCUACGUUACAAUCACGACUUGACGAUGCACAGCUUCAACUCAGACAGCAAAAAGCAUCUUUUAAGGAAAACGAGGAGAAGUUAUUGACUAUCGAGAAAGAAUUAAAAAAAAAUAUAGCUCUAUUAAAAGCUACAGAAAAGAAACUGGAUAGUAAAGAAUCAGCUGUAUCAGCAUUAAAAGACCAAUUGGAAUAUGUCAAAAUUCAAAAUAGGGAAACGCAAAAAUUGAAAGAAGAGAAUGAGUCUUUGAGAAAUAAAAUGCAAACUUUAUCAGGUAUGGAAAAGGUACUUAAUGCAACAAGUGACGAAGUUGAACAGAUGCUUGAAAGUUACAAAGAUGUGAAGACAGUUGCAACAUUUGCUACAGCAUUGAAGAGAGCAUUGUGUGAAUCUGAAAACAAAAAGAACCAAUCGCGGGAUAAGCUACAGAUGAUGAAACAACAACUGGCCACGGAGAAGAGUAAUAAUGCAGAAUUACAAAACAAAAUACACAUGCUUGAAGAGAAAUUAGCAAAAAGUCAAACAAAAAGUGACAACACAGAGGGCAAGAGAAAAUCUCUAACUGAUGACUCUUGGCAGAUUGUGAAGAAGAUGAGAAUCACAGAUGACUUCAACGAUGCUGUCUUAAUAAAUGAUAAUAAUAUAAGUAUUACGUCAAUGGUGAAAAGAAUUGAGAAUGCCGACUCGCCAUACUUGUGUCUCAAACAGAGCAGCCUGGCCCUCACCGCUCUGCAGAGACAUCCGACACACCCAUUGCCUGACAAAAAUCUUAAGCCAUCCGAAUAUGCCCUCCUAAACUCGGCAAGGAAUAUAACAAAGAAAAAUGAUACGAGUUCAAAGACAAGCAUAUUUCACAAAAAAGAGCCAGUCCAGAUACCCCUUUCGCAAGAAAAUGAUCCCAAUAUGUGCUUAUUUAACAUAUCCUAUGAUGGACUCGGAGGGCAUUCUAAGUUGGACACAUUCCCAACACCCAAUAAACAACCAAUCAAAAGCUUAGUACCGAAAUUGAGUGCAAAACAUAAAUUAAAAAGGCCAAACCCUGUAGGCAUCCAAGAUAUUAGUAAGAUGUUAGAAAAGAAGAAAUGUAAC